AUGUACAUUAUUUUUAUUUAUAUCAUUUCUUUGGUUUUAAAAAAUUCGUAUUGUGUCAAUUACUAUGCCGGAUUUACGUUUAAUUAUUCCGAUAUCGACUCUCAUGUGCCAAUACUGGGUUCAUUCUACAAUAAGUUGUACCUUUUUUAUUCCAACACAUUAAUAAAUAAUGGAGAAAAGAAAUUUGAUUACACAUACCACCAAUUAGAUAAUAUAGCCUCCGGAUUGUCAUUGUUUACCGACUCGGUCUAUGAUUUAGAUAAGAUUCCUAGCAGUACAAAAAACAAACACUUUCUAGGAACUCUGGAAUCAUGGUGUUACACAUUAACACUGUUCUUAUUCUAUCCUAAGUUUUCAAACGACAUCGCAUACAAAGACACUAAUGUGUACGACCAACUAUUCAACAGAUGUAUGAAUUUAAACAAAAAUUUCACAAAUUAUAGUAUGGAUUUCGACUUUGUAGACUUUUUAAACAACACAGAUACUAAACUUGAUGAUAUUUAUUUAUUUGAGAAAUUCUCUCAAAUGUGUCCUAGACCAUGUUAUUUGGAUAAGGAAAAACUGGGAAAAUGUAACCCAAGUUCUAAAUUUUCAGAUCUUGAUCUGUUAAAUGAAUUUGUUUCAGACCCGAAAUGUUAUAUUAAUGAUUUUUUAUCACUCGAAUGUAUCCCGUACUCAUACCUUAAGAGGAAAACUGUAAAUUCAUUCAAGACACUAUUGAACCCGGACUCUAAUAUCGAUGUUUACUCAAACAAAUAUUCUUAUUUGUACAUGCCAAAGAGAACUGAACUCGAGAUUUCAAUGGAAGAUUUAUCGUAUCAACUGUUUUUGAAACUAUUGAGAAAUUGUAACACCAAAAAUUGUAACGAAAUCAAGAAUCUUUUCUCAGUCGUGGCAAUAAAAAACGUCAUGGUAAAGUUUGUGGUUGGUGAAAUCGACAUUCAUUCCAAAAAUCCCCGUGAAAAAUUCAAAAUUUCGUUUGGCUUAACAUUUUAUGUUGACGAAUUUAGAGCUAAGAAUGUUAACCAUAUCUUUGACUUUCUCAUAAAAAAUGUAGAUUUUAAUUAUCUUUACGAAGUUCUUCUGGGACCAAAACCUUUGGAAUUGGAAAAUAAAGAAAAUGAAAAGUCCGCUGAGGAAAAACCCACAUCAUUUAAGGAUAGAUAUAAUAAAUACAUACAGGAAAAGCUAAACAAAAAGAUUGUGGAGGCAGACAAAAAACCUUCAGUCUCGGAUUUUUUCUCUAAUAAAUUUGAAUUUCUGAACAUGAGUGGUUACGGCCAACACAGAGAAGUUACUUUUUCAAUGGAGCUAAACCCUGAACUUUUGAAAAGAAUAAAGCCGAUCAAUUCAAAGUUCUACUUUAAACUUACACACAUGCUUGAUACAAGCGUUUACAUAGACAAUGAUGAAUUAGACGGAUCAUUUAAGCUUCUUAAAGAUGAAGUUGAUCCGUUCCAAUUACCUGUUGAUAAUGUUCUUGAAGAAAACGGAGUUGGUAGAGUUUCCUUAAAAACACUUAAUACACCAUUCAUUGACAUUGAGCAGCCAGAGAUGAAUUCAUCUCCUGUAAUUUAUCACGGUUUUCUAGUUCUGGACGAAUCCGUUUCAAAUUUGAAAAGGCUUGUGAUCACCCUUACCCUAAACUUGCACACCAGAUACAUGCAUAUGCUCAAGUCUAUAACACAGGAACUAUUUAAAGUUGACAACUUGAGGAUCCUGAGGAACCAAGUUGGCACAGACUAUUCAUUGUCUAUAAUUUCUCAGCCAAAACUAUACAUUUUAAAUCCAUCUACCCACUUUGAGAAUGUGCCUCUCGAUAGAUCUUAUUUGAGAUACUUGAGGUUCCUUAGGAAUAUAUCUUUCACAAAUUUUUCUAGCUCUAACCACAAAAUUAAGGAGGAUAAAAGAUUAAACUCAUUGGACAGGACCUGGGUUCCCGUUUUUUUCACUCAGUGCAAUAACGUUGGAAUUUCUGCUAAAAUGUGCCAGGGAUACAGAACAGGGUUGGCAAUUUCAACCAAAGUCAUGAACACUUUAUUUUGCAAUCCUAUAUUAAAGGAGAUUGGAGGAGACUUUAUUGAUUCAAGCUGCUAUAUGUUCUUUUCAGUUCCUGUUGGAAAUCAAAACGAAUACCCAUUUAUAAAAAACGUGACCAUUUUUACCUUGCUGGUAUCCUGUGUGGGAUCUCUGAUUAUGGUACUAAAGUACCUAGAUGCCACUCUGAAAAAUGUAGACUAUGUUAAAGAUCACAAAAUUUGA